AAGGGGGGUGACAGUAAUUUCAGAGCCUCCUUCUUCUCCCCUCGCCAUUUUCCUGUUGCUCCUCUCAUCCCCCAUCUUGAGCUGCAUUGGUUGUGCAUUUCUUAGGCUCCGCUGGGCUCACACUUUUCAUGUCCAUGGCAAUUUCUGGGUCUGAACCUUUUGCCAUUGCUUCGAAAUCAAGUGCACUCCUGGAGUUCUGUUGACUCUCUCUAGUCUUUCCUUCAAGAUGGCCACAAAUGAUCGCCGUUUUGUAGAAUGGAAGGAGCAGUUUAUUUCACAGGAGCGUGGCAAUCGUGUAGUCCACUAUUACCUUAAGGAUUCUGCUGGGGAUUCAAUACUUGCAGUUGUGGGCACUGAGAGGAGCCUGAGACACAUGUUCUAUGUUGUUGCUGAUGAGUUUCUUGAAGUUUGUGGGAAGGAGGGUGCCAACCAUGCUGGUUUCAAAUGGAGGUCCAGAAGAGAGGUGGUAGAUUGGUUGACAUCGAUGCUAUCAAAGCAGCAUCAGCUGGGAGACAAGAGUGUAUUGCCAAGUCAUAACUUGACACAAACUCAUGAGAUCACGAAUGGCAGUCUCAAAGAAUUUAUUGAUCUGCAUACAAAGAUAUCAGAUAAGGGCCUUCUUAUGAGCAACUUCAAAGGACAAAAUUCUGACAUUGUUUGGUCAGGCGCUGCCUGGACAUGUGGGAAACAGCUUAAACAUUAUCCUGCUUUUUACAGGAAUGGGAUCGAAAUAGCAACUCAAUCUUUCGUUUUCGUCAUGGCAACGGGAGAGAAUCAUUAUGUUGCAUAUUUGGAAGACAUGUACGAAGACAGGAGGGGUCAGAAAAAGGUUAAAGUGAGGUGGUUUCACCAUAAUCAGGAAGUCAAAGGUGUAAUUCCCGUGAGAAAUCCUCACCCUCAAGAAGUUUUUAUCACAUCUUAUUCUCAAGUAAUUAGUGCUGAGUGUGUUGAUGGCCCUGCCACAGUCUUAACUCGGGAACAUUAUGAAAAGCUCUUGCCUGCUUUUUCUCCUGCCUCAUCAAAUAGAAUCCAUUUGUGCUUUAGGCAAUUCCGAAACAACAAAGUGAAGCCCUUUGACUUGAGUAAAUUGCGUGGCUACCACAAUCAACCAGUUCUCUCUUGCUUGAACCUUGAUUCCUUCCAAAAUCCUAAAUGUAAUAACCUUGCGGAAGAAGAUGAAGAGUUGAGCCUAGGAGAUGAUGUAAGGCCUGAAGCUAAGAGGAACAAAAGAAGUAGGGGGUCUUCUCAGCAUUCGGUAGAUCACCAGGGAGUUAGGAAAUUAAGUAGAAGUCAGAAAAUGAUGGUGGGCAAAACCAUCGAGAAUGUAGAUUAUGCUAGGCCGGAUAGGAGAUUGCUUUCUGGGAAACAGGUUGAUUAUCAGCCCUGGUAUAACUCCAAAUACAAGGUUGAUGACAAGAUAGAGUUACUCUGUCAAGACAGUGGCAUCAGAGGCUGCUGGUUCAGGUGUACAGUGGUGCAAGUAUCCCGGAAACAGAUAAAAGUCCAAUAUAACGACGUGCAGGAUGAAGAUGGAGGUGGCAAUCUUGAGGAAUGGAUACCUGCUUUUAAACUUGCCAUGCCCGAUAAACUUGGGAUGAGACAUUCAGGCCGGCCCACCAUCAGGCCAGCCCCAACUUGUGAGGGUCAGCAAGAACUGACUGCUGAAAUUGGAACUGCAGUAGAUGCAUGGUGGAGUGAUGGUUGGUGGGAGGGGGUUGUGAGUGGAAUUGACAACGUUGAUGAUGCUAAUGUGCAAGUUUACUUUCCUGGUGAAGGUCUGUUGAGGAAAGUAUGCAAGAAGGAUCUAAGAGUAUCUCGAGACUGGCUGGGGGACCGAUGGGUUGAUAUUGAGCUAAAGCCUAAUGUAGCCUCUACUAUAUUUGCAGUUAAUAGCUCUAACACAAAGUUUUCAGAGUCCCCCUCUACCACUAAAGAUGUUGACUCUUCUGGGGUUGUUGUUUCAUGUCAAGAUGUUCCUAUUAGUGAGAAGUCUAAUGAACUAAAUGAUGUUGCUGAAGACAUGAAUCAGGUUAUUGAUAACAAGCCCCCUUCAGAAGAAGAGACAAGUACUGAAGUUGUUGAGACCGAGCAACAUGGAAGUUGUGAUAACGAAGAUAACCGUGAUGAUGACAGAGACAAUAAGGAAGAGAAUGAUGGCAAUGAUAACAAAAGGAUUGAUAAUGAUGUGAGGGAUAUGGAGGUGUUUGGGACUUCUGGGGAGGACUCUAAAGCCGUGGAACCCAUGGAAGUGGCUGUUUAAACAUUCUUUCUGGAGAGUUCAUGCUUAAACUUGUGAUGGUGCUGAUCUUGGAACUUUGCCAUCAAUUCAUGUUUAGAUGUAAUUCUAGUCUGUUAGAAUGUAAAUAGUUACACCGGUACGUGGGGAAGCUAAUUCCUUUUCUUACUUCUUUAGUUGCCUGCAUAGAUGUUGUACAGUGUUGAGAGUAGCCCCUCUUAGUUUCUUUCCAUUUUUCUCAGGGAUUGUGUCAGAAAUUAGAUUUUCUCUUCUCUUAUUUUCUUUUUUCACCUUCUUCGUAGAGACAAAGGUUGGGGAACAAUUCACUUGUCAGCGAGUUAUACUCAUUUGUGGUCAACGUAACUAAAUAUAUUAUAUGGAUGUAGAAGCUUCUUCUUGUUCUUA